ACUGUCACGCCGGAACGACUGACGGCCAUGGACAACCAGUUGGAGACCUUGCGUCACUCAGUGUCGCAGAUGCAACAAGAGUUGGAGGCGCGGUUGGAUGCACAGUCAGUCCGUUCGGAGGCCUUGUACUCUCGCCUGGAGGCGUUAAUUAUGGCCAACCGGACGAUUGUCCAGAACACCCCUCGUCGCCAGCCUGGGGAGACCGACGUUGUGGGUGGUCACCCCUACGUUCCAAAGCCCAAAUUGGAACCGCCCAAGUGCGACGGUUCCGUACCUCUACGUUGGUUAUACAAGGUAAAAGAGUACUUUGAUUUCUAUGCGACGCCUCCGGAUGAACGUUUACGUUGUGUGGCGUUGAUGUUGGAAGGUUCGGCCGCGGAUUGGUUCCGUUGGCGUAUGACUAAUAGGAUGAUAUCUGAUUGGGAUGAUUUUGUUGCGAAAUUUAAACUCCGGUUUGAUCCCCUUCUCUUUGUGGAUUACUUCGGCCAACUCGCGAAACUCCGGCAACGGGGUAGCGUCAUGGAAUAUCAAGAGGAGUUUGAGAAGCUGUUGCAGCACAUUACGGGGGCCAGUGAGGACAUCUUGAUUUCUGUUUUUCAUGCCGGACUGAAACAUCAUCUGCAACAGGAGUUAAGCAUGCUCAAACCGACCACACUCUCUGAAUCCUUCACUAUGGCACGGGAACUGGAGGCUAAACAUUCGGCCCUUCUCCAGUCGGUCCAUUCACGGCCAUACUCCACUGGUGCAGGCGGCACCAAAGGGCCGGUCCAGGGACUUCGGGCAGCCACGACAGCCCCCCUUCUGCCCACACCUACCACGACGCCACAACUAGCGGAGCCUUACUCGGGCCGAGAAAUAAGCCAAGGAUGCUAAGGAAUUGUGCUACAAUUGUGACCAAAAGUGGUCCCGAACACACAAAUGUGGGCGCUUUCUUCUUUUAUGUGGUGACGACGACGACGAAGAGGUUGAGACGGAAGGAGUGGUAUUUUAACCCAUGCCAUGCACGGGUGGGACGAAAUUUCUUUAUUGUAAAAUAUAAAAUAUUUAAACAACU